AUGAUCAACAACAACGAUGAUUUCCUUCUCCUUCGCCGAAUUCUCUUCAUGUUAGGAAUCACGGCUCUUUUACGCCCAUUCAUCUUUUGCAUGACCAGUCUUCCCGACCCCAGUGAAUAUAACCCGAGUCGAUCAUAUCUUUUUUUGCUCUCUCUCUACCUUGUUAACGUUCUUAACACCACGUCCGAAGAGCAGAAACCAGAAGAGAUCACGCUCGCGCAGGUUGUAAACUACACGUUCACUCGUUUGCACAAUCCACAAGACAUCGAAACAAGCGGCGAUAUGUUGUUUAGCGGACAUACUCGCUAUCUCAUCACGGCUGUUUGCGCGUACGCCUCGAUGAUUCGCGCUGAAAACGCUCAUAUCUUCGUUCCUUUAUUUUUGAGCCGAUUUCAUUAUUCCGUUGAUGUGUUUAUGGCGAUUUUGAUUGUCGUUUUGUUGUGGAUGGUGAUUUGUGAGUCAUCGAUGCUUGCUGAAGUAGCGACUGACAAAGCUCAAUUACCUUAUAUUUCGAGAUGGCUAAUUUGUUUCAUGGGAUGGCUGAAGGAUUGA